AUGCCUCGAUCCGGCGUACUGCACAGCUUUACCACCCCGGAAGAGGUGAUGGAUGCCGUCAAAAAGGGCGACAUCAAAUAUUACCAGUUCUGCGCCGAGCUUGCCAUACUGGCAGCGCUGAGCUACAUCAACAACGAAUGCGGCGCAGCUAUCGGCCUGGACGGCAACAGCUUUGUGAAGGGCCGCCUGACACCGGCGUUGACAACACGCGCACAGAACACCGGCGUUGAAUACAAGUCCCUUCUCAAGCAGUUCCAGCGGGAUCGGAAAGCGUACCGCACAGCGAUGAACAACAAGGGCCCUAGUCCGACCGCCUCACCCAACGCCGAUGUGGCAGCUCCUGGAACUGCAUUCUCUCGAAGUGCUGUUGCAUCAUCUACUGGUGGUACAUACAGCGACACUAUGGCCAGUGAGCUCAGCAACCAGGAGCAGGCAUCAAAUCAGAGGAUUGUGACUGACUCAAAUGUAGCUACAUCUCUUCCAGUUGCGCUUGCAGAUGACGAAGUGGUCAUGACCGGGACUGGCGAAGCCGAGGAGGAGGAUCAGCCGGAUACACGUCGCUCAAAGCGCAUACGGAAUAGGCAGUAG